AGUAACAAAGUGCACUGACUGAUCCGACAGAAGGCAUGCUUGAUUCCAGUUGUUUUCCAAUAGCUGGCAGAGCUGAGGUCUGCAAAACCUUUAGGAAAAACAGGGGUCCUUAAACUAAGCCAGCAAAGUGCAAUGAAAGAAGGGAGUAUCACUGGAGCCCUGAGGAAGGAGAGAACAAGAUGGCAGGAGUAAGAGGGCUAUAUAGAACAGACCAUAUGGAGCAAUGCUGAACAACCAAAUAGCAGAUAAAAAGUGAAUGUGUCAACUGCUCUCAAAUACUUCAAUGGAACAAAAUGUCAGCUCUGAGGCUGAAAGUGACUCACAUUUUUGGUUACAGAGUAGUAUCGGGUGCUUCCUGUUAGAUGCUGGUUUAUCCAAUGUAAUACUGGUGCUUCUUUGGAUUUUUGGUACCUUUGCCUACCUCACUGUUCUUGAGAACUUCUUGCAGCGUUGGAUUCUCCAGAGAAAGGAUCCAAAAAAGAGAGAUAAAGUGGCCCAAAACACUCAUCCAAAAGCAGUAAUGCAACAGGGAAAGCAAGCCAAAGUCAGUUUCAAUACCAGAGCUGAUAAAACUGCAGAUCUGAUUCAGAUGCUAGAAGAAUGGCUAAGCAGUGAGGAAAUUGGUGAAGUUGACAUCGUUAGUAUUGAAGUUUACAUACAAAAACUAAAUGAUGCCUGCAAAGACAUGAACAAAGCAAAUCUCCUGAUCUCUUCUGUUGACGAAAAACAGUGUUCCUUGCAAGAAAGCAGCAACUCUGAACUUCAAAAGGAAACGGAUCCAAUUUUGCAGCUGAGGGAAAGGCUUGAUCAUGUCCAGUCUUACACAGAGCUGAGGCUGAAACUGAUGGAGAUUCUUCUUAAUCUGCUUAAACAAUUCCAAACAAAACAUGACAAACUGAAGACAUGGGCAGCAGAAACCCUGUCAUUUCUGGAACGGAUUCAUUCAACAGCGUGUGACAAUGAGAAGGCAAUCAUGAAAAACCUGGAGCAUGAAACGAAGCUGACAGAAGAACUGAAACUCAAGCAGCUGGAACUUUUGGCAUGUAGGAAAGUGACAGAUUACUGCAAAGAAGUGUUAAAGGAAAUUGGGUUUUGGUCAGAUAAGUUUAAAAGGACUAUUAAAAGAACAAGUUCCUCUAAUGGAAAGAAGCCAUGGUAUAAUCAUAUAAUGGAUACACUUGAUAAACAGUUUGAAGAACUUAACCAGCAUAUUUCCACUGUGACAAGGCUGUCCAUGUGCUACAAAAUGCACCUCACUGACCUGUUACAACAUGAGUACAGUGGCAGCACACUGUCAGUGGCACAGAAGAGUGCAGUGAGUUUACCAGUACGCAUUCAGACUGCCUUUGAUGAGAUGUCUCAGAAAGCUUCUUUACACUUCAGGCUUGACAGACCUCACAACAGAGCUGCCACAGAUCCCCCAGUACAUACAGAAUCAGUACCAUAAAGAACUAGAAUGUGUCCUUUUGUAUUUGAACAUGGUUAUGAGACGAGCAAAAGGAAGUGGUGUAACUAUCUUAGAGCCUGAUAUAUUUUAAGAAGUAGUGAAGAAAGGACUGCACAAGAACGUGUACCUCUGAGGUCAUGAAUACCAACAAUUGCAAAGAAAUGUGAAGCCAAAGUCCUCAAAUUAUGAAGGAAAUGCUACCAAAAUGUGUGAGAUAAAAAUAUAUCACUCAAAUACAGUGAUGUAAUAGUGCAAUUAAUGAUAUGAAAACUUUCUCCUAAACAUCUUUUGGUUAUGAUAAAACCAUCUCUUAUACAGACUGAUAUCUUGCAUGAAAUUGUGAGCACUGUGUUUAUAACUGUUGAACAAAGUAUGCCCAUAAAACAGUUAUGUGAUAAAUGUGCCAUGAUACAGAUAUUUGAGUGGUACAUGUACCAUGCUACAGACAUGCAACAUCUUUUGAAUAUCAUAUCAGUUCUACCGCAUCAGCUCUCAGAGUGAGAAUGUAGUUUCUUGAUUCCUGGGUGGAUGAAAAUAUCAUAAAUGAGUGCUUCAGUGGUACACAUGACUAGGAACUAGGAGUCAGUGACUGAACUGGCCAAUAAAACAAAAGUAGCUAAUGAAAAGCACACAUGCAACUUUUUGUUGUUGUUUAGGACAGUAACAUUUACACAAUGAUGUUUGUCAAUCAGAAUUCUGUGAUUGCUGAAGAUUAAAUGAUUAUCAUUUAUAGAAAUAACACAUACAUAGGUUACCAAUAGGUAUGUAAUCUAGCUUAAACUGAAAAAAAAAAAACAA